UCGCGACUCUUCUCUUCUCGGGUACGAACGUUCUCCACGCUGCUGCAGUCGCGUCCGCGAGUCUGAUCGCGCAGGUAACGCGUAGGAGUGCGAAACCAAGCCCGAAAAGCUGAGUGAAUCCGGAGAAAAGGGUAUCUAGAGGACUCGAGGAAAAAUAUGGAGUCCAUGGGGCGAUAUCUCGUUCUAAUCUCGGUGGGAAUAUUAUGGAGCUGCGUACUAGGUCUCCACCGACCACCACCGAGAUAUUCUCAGCAAUACAUGCCGGAAACCUCAUUCUCCUGUCGCAACAAGAUCGUCGGUAGCUAUUACGCGGAUCCUGAGACCGACUGCCAAGUCUUCCAUGUCUGUGUCUCUGUGGCUGGUAGUAUUCAGGAUUACAAGUUCCUUUGCCCCAACGAUACUGCCUUCGAUCAAGAGAGUCAAACUUGUGCCGAUUGGUACGACGUGGAUUGCGAGGCCGCGACUCUCUACUAUGCCAGCGAUAACUUUGACUUGUAUAGAAUUGGUUCCGGCCUGGAAUCCGUGCAUUACGACAACUUACGCAGUGACGCCGAGCCUCAAGAUCAUCUUCAGCGCAGCGAAAGCAGCGACGCGGUUCGAUCCUCCGCGAACGCUGUGAAUCGAGUAUCUUCGUCCAACUACAACAAUCGCGAGGUACUGCGAGGUAGCAGUAGCGGCAAUUUGUAUAACAGAAACAACAAGGAAGACGAGUACGAAGAUAAAUUGUAUAAGGAGGAACAAGACAACAAGAAGAAAGGCGGCAUUCGAAAAGCCAGUAGGAAGCAACCGUACACCGGCAAUGGUAGUAGCAACUAUUCGCCAACGUCCACCACGUCGGCACCAGCCGUGCCUAGUCAGAACACCUACAACGGCAAUUAUUACAACAGCAACGCGUAUAAUCAACGAUCUACGACGUACGCCCCGUCAACGACCGUCCGAUCUCAAGAGAACUACAACAAGAAUCAGAACACGCAAAGAUACAGCGUACCGUCGUCCACGUAUCGACCUAGCACGACAUAUCAGGACACAUACAACAACUAUCAAUCACCCAGCACGACUGCCAGAACAACUUCGAACAACGCCUACAAUUCGAACUUCUACAACGUCUACAACUCAAACUACAAUCAACAGAAUGCUGGUAGUUCCGCCCAACAGAAUACUGGCAGUUCCGUUCAAGCCACAACUCUGAAACCGAGCAGCUACAAUCCGAAAACCAGCUAUCAGACUUAUCAAUUCGCACAAUCCACCACUGUUCAACCGAGUACCAUAAAUUAUCAGACAAGCGAUUACACCAAUUAUCAACAAAGGAACUACAACAACAUUCAACGAGGAAGCAGCGCACCAGUUGCGUACCAAUCCACCACGUCCGCACCUACCGCUUAUAAUCAUAAUUACAACAAUAACAACAAUAAUAAUAAUGUCCAGUACAGACCAGCCACGUCCACUAGUCAGGACAUUCCUCAAACUACUGCCAAAUAUUACGCCAACAAUUUCGCAAGCAACAGUUAUGCACCCACAACUUACAGCCCAGCAACGAAAAAAUACGUAAACGUGGACAAUACUGUCGCACAGACCGCUUUAAGGAACAACGAAAACAGCCAAUAUUAUGAUAAAACGAGCCAAGCGAGUAAGCCUUCCACUCAAUACUACGAUAGCACGAAAACGCCUAAGAAGGCAACUCAAUAUAAUAACAAUUAUGACAACGCGAGCAGCGGCAAGUCAUACUAUAUCGAAACAAGCACGGGUAGCUUCAACCUCGCGAGAUCUUCCGUGGGAAUUGGUUUCAGUCCCGCAAGUAUCAAUCAUCUCGCCGAGUCGCCGAAAACCACCACGCCGGUACCAAGACGGUCUUCUAGCGCUACCACUUAUAACCCAAACAACUUCAAUUCUAACGGUCAGAGGACCGUUCAACCGACAACGACACCACGUGGAGUUACCUAUGUCAGCGGAUCCGCGAGACCGUUCACGUCGACGACUAGAUUACCUAGCAGCAGUAAUAGCAAUAGCGCCAGCAGUACGACAGCACGAUCAAAAUCGGGCAAAAAGAACGAUUACGAUUAUGCGUAUUACGAUAGCACGGGUGGCCUGGAAUAUGACGGAGUCGAUCUCGAGCAUGUCACAAGCAACAAAGAAUCUACGAAAAUCGCGAGAAAUUAAAACAUCGUCUCGUUAUAUACCGCAUAUCGAAUUUCUUGAACCUCGAUACCAGUGAUGUAAAAUUGAAGAGUGUAUACCCUGCAUAGCAAAGCGAAAACAGAUUUUAAGCACGGUCUGCUAUCAAUUUUUUAUUACAGAAAGGUAACAAAUUGAGAUUUACCCAGAAUUUGUAUUAUCUGACAUUGUCAGCAAAUUACUGUCAGAAAUGUUGCUAGACAUGCUUUGUCAGCAGAUUGAUAAUAGAAACUAACAACUCUGAUCGAGUUUGCUGCCAAUUUGCUGCCUAUCGAGUAUGCUGCCUAAAUUGCUAACAUUUUGCUAUCAGAGUAAAUAUCUCCCUACCUCUGUAAUUUCAGGUACAGGUAUAUUUUUUAAAUACCUGUACACUUAUAUCUGAAUAUAUUUUUUGCAAUGAAACAAAUGUAUUCGUAGAAGGGCUUCAUUAUUUUUGAGUACUUACUCUAAAUUAAAAAAAAUACAUUUGAUAAUAUUUCAAAUCAGCUCUUCAAUGAUACAAUAUAACCAAACAGAAUUAUACUAGGCUAAAGCUAUUAAUUAGCUGAAAUUAAAUGUACUUUUAAAGUAUCUGUAGUUAGAUACCGAAAAUAAAAGUACCUUUUACAUCACUGAUCGAUAGGAGGAAUUUCUUGUUUGUAUUAUUGUUUAUUAGUGGCCAGUCAUCAUCAAAAUCGGUCUUCGAUUAAGCGUACUCGCGCAAAGAGACGCGAAGAAGAAAGCGAUAUAAGUAUUGAAUACCGAUUUUGAGAGAUAAAAAAAGAAUCAUCGAUCGAUAUUGUUCACUUAAAUGCAUGUAUGUUCAAUCGAGAUUUGACGGCUCGUCGGCCGUUAUUAACAAUAUAAUUUGUAGUUCAGUAUUCUAGGUUAAUUGUUUAUGUAUAUUUUACGAUGUUUAAUCCGCGCAGCAUUGAGUGUCGAUGUAUCGAUAUUACAAACAUUAAGAAAUUCUAGCGCAAAAGAUUGUUUUGCCGACAUUAAUAUUACCCUUUUUAUUUUGUUGCGUAAAAAAAACCGUUGAAAUGACCGAUUAUUAAUAACGCUUAUUGUGUAUUGAUACAGUGCGAAGUUUGAUUGUCGAAACGUUAGAUUUCUCACAUAUUUUAUGCAUGCAUAUCGACAAAAGUCUGCAUAAAAUGUGUUCAGAAUAAAGAUUGUUUAAUUACUUGCGCCUCCCCUGAAGUAUACGUACUGAGUGUAUAUACACUAUAACUAUUUUAAUUAAGAAAAGCAUUAAAUAGCA